AAAGAGGAAGAACAGAGAUCCAUUUUCACUGCAGAGAAUCAUGAAGUCAAUGAAUGAUAACAACAACUGGCUUGGCUUCUCUCUUUCAUCCCAUUUGAAAAUGGAAGUUGAUUCUGUUCUUCCUACACCUUACUAUGGAGUUCCCGAUCAUUUAACCGUUAUGCCUCUCAAAUCCGACGGUUCUCUCUGUAUCAUGGAAGCUCUCUCGAGAUCCCAACAUCAAGGGUUGGUGGAAAAUGGAUCAGUACCAAAGCUAGAAGAUUUCUUGGGAGGAGGAUCUCAUCAUGAUAGAGAAGCAAUGGAAAUGGCUCUAAGUUUAGACAGUAAUAUUUACUACAAUAAUGAACCAAAAGCCCUUAACUUUCUUCUUCAAGAACAGAACCAAAAACAUCAACAAGAACAAGAAGAAGAGAACAACAGAUUCUAUCAUUCUUCAUUAAUGGCCUGUAAUGUUUUAUAUGAACAAGAUCAAGAUGCAGGGCAUACCAAUACUAAACAUGAACAGCAUUCCCAUUUAGCUGAUGUUGGUUUCAGAAACUGGGUAGUUUCAGAUGAAGAACAUCAACAAGUUUUUGAUUUGGAGAAUCAAAUGAACAUGUGUAUUAAUGAUAAUGGAGAUUUGCAGUCUUUGAGUUUGUCAAUGAGUCCUGGUUCUCAUGAAUCAAGCUGCGUAACUAUUCCAGCUCCUCCUCCUACAGUGAUGGAGUCCAUUGCAGUUAUUGAUCAAUGUAAUAAGAAGAGAACAUCUUCUUCUUCCUCUAAAGUUGUUCAUAAACAACCUGUUCAUAGGAAGUCCAUUGAUACUUUUGGCCAGAGAACUUCUCAGUUCAGAGGUGUUACAAGGCAUAGAUGGACAGGGAGAUAUGAAGCACAUUUAUGGGACAACAGCUGUAAGAAGGAAGGACAGACUAGAAAAGGGAGACAAGUUUAUCUUGGUGGUUAUGAUAUGGAAGAGAAAGCUUCAAGAGCUUAUGAUCUUGCUGCUCUUAAGUAUUGGGGACCCUCAACCCAUAUCAACUUUCCGUUGGAGAACUACACUCAAGAGCUUGAGGAUAUGAAGAACAUGACCCGUCAAGAAUAUGUUGCACAUUUGAGAAGAAAAAGCAGUGGUUUUUCAAGGGGAGCUUCUAUCUACAGAGGGGUGACAAGACAUCAUCAACAUGGAAGGUGGCAAGCUCGGAUUGGUCGAGUAGCAGGAAACAAGGAUCUUUACCUUGGAACUUUUGGCACUCAAGAGGAAGCAGCCGAGGCUUAUGAUAUCGCUGCAAUAAAAUUCCGCGGAUUGAAUGCUGUGACCAAUUUCGACAUAUCCAAAUACGAUGUAGAAAAGAUAAUUGCCAGCCCUGACUUGUUAUCAGCAGAACUUGCUCGUAAAACUAAUAAAGACUCGUCUGGUCAUAACCAUAACCAUAACCGAAACAGUUGUGAUCAGAAGCCAGAAAAUGGGACAGUAUCGGAUUGGAAAAAUGUUGAGAAUUAUCCUGUUGCAUCGUUUUCCAUGGCGAUGAUGCAUGACCUUAUUGGGCUUGAUUCGGUUGAGACUAACACUAAUCCGAUGUCUUUGUUGGGCAGCUCAAUGGAUCAAGUCAAAGAAGGUGGUUCUUCACUUUUUGGGGCUAAAGUUUCUAAUGGGGGUGGUUCUUGGAUUUCAUCGGGGAAUAACUUGCCGGUUUUCGCUGCAUGGAACGAUUCCUAGUUCGAAAAGGUCAUUAAGAGCGCGAUCAAAAGGGAGUCAACAUUUUCAAAAUGAAUUCAUCUAUGUUUUCUUUUUGUUUUUCCUUAAGGGUGGACUGGAGUUAUCUUUGUCUGUAAUUGGAGAUGGAAGCUUUUUGGGUACAAAAAAACAAGUUUUAAUUUGGAGGGAAUUCCUUAGAGAUAAGUUAAUGAUGAUGUUCCUUGUUAUUGUCGGAUACAUGACCCCAUUUGAUCCCUCCUAUAAUUGAUUCUACUUUAUUUUCCCUA